AUGUUAGACAGGGAAUGUGCGGGGGUAACAGGCAAAGGCAGGCUGGAAUUUUCCCCCAAAGACUAUGCUUACAACAGAGGAUUUGAGGUGGUGUAGGUCUCUUCUUCAGAGGAGUAGCUCCUGGUAAACAGAAAUGGGAGGCGAUAUUUGGGGCAUAUGGGCGUGCAUAGGGAGAGGGGCAGAGAUGCAGCAGCCCAGUUGGAAAUGAUCUUCCGGAGCACUCAGUAAAACCAGACGACAAAGGAAAGCAGGUGAAAUCAGAGCUGGGGCACAAAAAUGUAAGUGUUAUUUGCAAAUUAUAAAAGGGACACAGAACGAAGAGGAACCACAGUCAGAGUAUUGGUCAGAUAUUUUAGUAUAGAUUGUGGUUCCAUGUUGUGAUGGGUUUGGGGGACGUUGGUGUUUGUGUGCAAGAUGCCUUAGCAGGGCUUAACCUGAAAGCAAAAAAUAUUCCAGUAGCUAUCAACUACUAGGCAGAAUGGCUUUGCUCUAACCUCCACUGUCAAAUACCAGUUUCUAGUGAUAUUCAAUUUCUGCUCAGUAUAGACCUAUUGAAAUUAAUAGACCCAACUUUGUGGGUUUCGUUAAUUUCUUUGGGUCUACCCUGAGUAAAACUUAGUUGACUACCAACCACCCCUGUUAUCCCAGGUUCUAGUCAAACACUCAAGGGCUGUACCACAUUGACUUUGUGUCCCCAUGAAUUCUUCCAGUCUUUAAACGGCUUUGCCACACUAGGCAGGGCAAUGUGGACGUCCCGUAGACGGGGACAACCAAAACCUACUUCCUAAACUGCAGGUCCCUUUUUCUUUGCGUUCAUUUAGGAUAUCACAACUGGAAGAACUUUGCCCUGGAUGACUGCAAACCACAUUAGCUAA